UAACGCAGAGAAACUCCUUCAGCAAGCGAGAAUUCUCCGUACAAUUUUCGAUUCUCCCAGGAAAGCGAUCGUCUUCUUGACUCGUCCGAAUCUUCUCGCCUUCAACCCAGCAAGAUCGAGCUGAAUUUGUCGCGAAGCGGCAGAUGGCGAUGGCGGGUCUGUACAGGCGAGUCCUCCCUUCUCCUCCCGCCAUCGAUUUCGCUUCCACUGAAGGAAAGAAGCUCUUCAUUGAUGCCAUCCAAGCUGGGACGAUGGAAGGAUUUUAUAAGUUGAUCUCUUACUUUCAAACACAAUCAGAGCCCGCGUAUUGUGGAUUGGCUAGCGUCUCAAUGGUCUUGAAUGCUCUCGCCAUCGACCCCAGAAGGAAAUGGAAAGUUGCAGGUCCUUGGAGAUGGUUUGAUGAAUCUAUGUUAGACUGUUGUGAGCCUUUGGAAAAAGUUAAAGCUGAGGGCAUAUCAUUUGGGAAGGUAGUAUGUCUGGCUCAAUGUGCUGGAGCUGAAGUUGAAGCGUUUCGGACUAGUCAAACCACCGUAGAUCACUUCCGUCAGUUUGUUAAAAGAUGUUCUAUUUCAGAUAAUUGUCAUGUGGUCUCAUCAUAUCACAGAGGCUCUUUUAAACAGACAGGAACUGGCCAUUUUUCACCUAUUGGUGGUUAUCAUGUGGGAAGUGACAUGGUACUGAUAUUGGAUGUUGCACGUUUCAAGUAUCCUCCUCAUUGGGUUCCACUUACUCUUCUCUGGGAAGCCAUGGAUACCGUUGAUGAGACAACAGGACAAAGAAGAGGGUUCAUGCUUAUAUCCAGGCCACAGAGAGAGCCCGGGCUGCUUUACACCCUGAGCUGCAAACAUGAAAGUUGGGUUGGUGUUGCAAAGUACUUAAUGGAUGAUGUUUCGCAUCUGUUGAAAUCUGAGGAUGUGAAAGAUAUGGAUAGCGUUCUCAGUAUUCUUUGCACAUCACUCCCAUCUGAUUUCGGGAAAUUUAUCCAGUGGUUUGCUGAAGUUAGGAGGGAACGGGAUGGUGGUAUAGGGAUAAGUGAAGAAGAAAAAGGAAGACUUGCGAUCAAGGAAGAACUGUUAAAGCAAGUUCAGGAUACUGGUCUUUUCAAGCACAUAGUUCAUUUUUUGUCUUCAACUUCAUGCAGCAGAAGAGAACCGGUUUUUGGUGGCAAUGAAAAUCUUCAUGAAAUCGCAGCCAGCGUCUGUUGCCAGGGAUUAGAAAUAUUGAGCGGAAGGUCUGGCACCUCAAACUGCUCUUGCUGUCGUGAAACUUGCCUUAAAUGUGUGAACGGGAGCACUGACAAACCUUUGACUGUGCUAAGUGCAACAAUUGUGAAUGGUAAAAGUGAGGAAAAAGUCGACAUGCUGGUCCCACAAUCCAUGAUGAAACUCUGUUGUGGUGCCCCUGAUCCCAAUAACUGUAUUAGAACUCAACCGAUUGGAAGCAAUAUCUUAACAGCACUUCUCUUGGCAUUGCCACCUGAAACCUGGUCUGGUAUCAAAGAUAAGAAACUUCUGGAGGAAGUGCAGAGCCUUGUUUUGACGGGUAAUCUUCCCGCCAUGCUUCAGGAAGAGGUUUUGCACUUGCGGAGACAGCUUUACCUUUUGAAGAAGUGUCAAGAGAACAAGGAAAGUACAAUGCAUCCAGCAUGUACCACUUCAGUAUGUUAAUCAGGGAAGCAGUUUCCACUUUCCGGAAUCGUCUCUCUCGUCAUAAGAUAACCUAAUGGUGACGUUGCGAUGGAAGUCGCUUCAGACGGCGUACAGGCUGUUCAGGAGUAAACAUAGGCAGUGGAGGUUUUUCUUUUACAGGUCAAAACCCGGGAAUUUCAGGCCAAUACUACUGUAGGGAAAAGAAGAUUUAAAGUAUCCGACAGGGCAUGUGUCUGAGGCAUAAAAUACAGUUACUCCACUUAGCUAGUUCGUAUAGAAUUCUUCCGUCGAUAUAUGUUAACACAGCCUGUGUUGACAAGGGAAUAUGUAUUGAGACUUGACAUCAUAUUUUCUUUUGCUAAAAAGUUUUGGUUGCUUCAGUUCAUGGUACAAAAAA